UGUGUCGUCGCUCCACGCUGUUUCCUUCCACUUUCAUUGUCUCAGUCCUCUUUUACACUCGCCUCCCCGGCGUCACCGCUCUCUGUUUCGACGCCGAGGCGAGAAACCAGCCGCAAAAAAAGGUACAGGUUCUCAGCGCGCCGCUCUCGCGGCUUCCCCGUUGUAGUGUGCACCGUUUCUGUCGGGAAAUUCAUUUUUUACGCUUUUUUAAUCACCCAUGUCGACGCAGCUCUUCUUCUUUGCUGGAGGCCUUCCCCUCCUCGCAGUUGCAGUCUAGUGUGCCCCGUUGUGUCUUGCACCCUCCACCGUUCUUUUUCUUCUUCUUCCACCGUUCUUCUUCUUCCACCGUUCUUCUUCUUCUUGGCCUUCCCCUCCUUUUGAAGGAGCCGUUCCCUGUUUCAGAGGACGUUCUCCACCGGAACAAUUGCAGGUUUUUUAGUAGCUUUCUUCUUCGUUUCCUCGGAAAUACGGCGCGGUGUGCGUACGCAGACGGAUCCGUUGAGGGGGACCUCGCGGGGGAGAGAGCGGCGGUCCCGAUCCGCAGAUCCUUUCUCUUCCCUCUUUCGUCACACCGACCUUUUUUGUCCCUCUCUCUCAUGGCCUGGUAGCCACAGUCGGUUUUUUAGGCCUGUUUUUCUUGUCUCGGAGAAUCUCCUUCUCGCUAUAGCCCGACUCUUCGGUCUGCUGCGUCCACUUUCCUUCUCUCUACCUGAGAGUUGCCUCUGUCUUCUUCUUCUGUCUCCGGCUGUCUCCGAUGUCUCCUUCGGGAGCAUCGCCUCCGAAGGCCCCGCCGUGGGCCGCAGUGGCUCGAGCGCGGCUACCGGCGCCGUUCGUCUCCGGACUCGAGACAGGCGCGGUGGGCGAGUCCGCCUCAGGCCUCCCGGCAGGAAGCAGCGCUGAGGAAGGCGAACAGUCUUCUUCUCUGGGGAGUGGAGAUGAGGAAGACAUGGCUUCAGGCUCGACGCUUCUUCUCCUCUCGGCAAUUCAGAAGGAAAUCAGUCGCCAUCCGCUCAUCGAUUGCGGGAACAGCACCCCUCCACUCACGCCUCGCUCUCCGGUAACUCCUCUCGAUGAUGCGCUGCCCUCUCCUCCUCCCCCCUCUCCUCCCUCUCCUUCUCCUCCUUCUCCUUCUCCUCCUUCUCCUUCUCCUCCUUCCCCUUCUCCUCUAACGUUUUCGUUCUCUUCGUCUCCGUGCGCAGUUGCGCCGCCUUCGCCUUCAGGCGCUUCUCUGGGCGCUCGACGGGUCUCUGCGGUGCGCCGCGCGCGCGAGGCCCCCUGCUUCUUGGAGCCUGUGCCGGAGGAGACAGGGCAGGACGAGGGCAGCGCGGCGUUUCCGCCUGUGCGGUUCCUCGAGGCGCGGGCAGAGGAGGCGUCCUCCACAUGCGUCUCGCUUCUUCCUGAGAGAAGAGCUCUCGCUCCGCGCACAACGAACCAGCCGCUGGAUGUGGAGAAGCGCCCCGGUGGAGAGGCGCCGUUUCUCCAGGAGUUCCGAGGCGACAGCGAGAGAGAGAGGAGAGAGGCGAAUGCGCGAGACGCGCGCGAGCGUUCCCCACACUGCGCAGGAAGUGGAGACGCUCCAGGAACAUGCGAAAGGGACCUGCGCGAGGAGACAGAAGAGACAGAGGAGAGAUCGUUCGCCUUCGUCGCAGGCAACAGUCUCCAUCAGUCGGAUCUGGUCACCAGUGGAGGACGAGAGGGAGAGCUCGGCGAUGGGCGAGAAGAUCCGGGGGGACGGAGAGCGAAAGUGGAGAGAGAGGAAAAAGACAAUGGGGAGAAAACGCGCCUGAGACUUCAAAUCGCGAGACUCAGAGUCACUCUCCAAGCCCAGGAAGCCGAUCUACAGAGAGAGCGAACCCAGAAGGCGGAUCUCCAGAGAGAGCUGGAGAGAAGCGUGACUCUGCUGGCGGCGCGAGGAGACACACUUGGCCGGGAGGAAGAGGACCUGCAUGCGUUGUCUUCUCCCUUGCUGCUGCAGAAACUUGAAGGCAAACAGAGAGAGGCUCUUCUUCGAGCGAAAAUGUCAGAAGCUGCGGAACUCGCGGAAGUUCUGCAAGCCCACAAAGUCCACACGCGGGCGGCGACGGCGGCGCUCCAGGAGGAGCUCGGCUUCGCCUACAGGAAAAUUCAAGAGGUCGAGAACGUCUCUGCCGCAUUCGAGCAGCGAGUGUCUCAGCUGCAAUCGGAAGUAUCUUCUCUGCGAACCUCGUCCGCAGCACUGGAGAGGCGGCUCGCAGCAGAGAUUUCUGCGUUCGCGGCUCGCGAGGCUUCCCUGGCCGCGGCGUUGUCGGCCGAGGAGCAGCGAGUCGCUUCGCUCGAGCGCGAGAACGCCGAGCAGGCACAGCGACUUCUGCGAGAAGAAGAAAAUGCGCAGCGUCUCUGGCGAGCUCAGAACGCCUUGAGGGAGAUGCAGGCGGAGCUCGAUGAGGCCCGGCGGUCGCUGGCGAGUGUGGGGUGUCUCGCAGCUCUGCGGGGGGUCGAAAGAGAGACUGGGGGCGAGGAGCCUCGGGAAGAAGGCCUUCACGAGCUCGGCCAGGACUUUCUGCUGCGCCUGGAACGCGAGGAAUGGUCCGAGGCGCGGCGGAGUCUGGAGAGCCAGGUGAAGUCUUUGGAGGAGGACCUGGCGACCGAGAAGACGGAGCGGAGACAGGCGGCUCUCGCCCUCGAAGCCGCCGAGAGGCAACUCCUCGCCGCAGAGGAGGCGCGCGAACGACAACGAGAAGGCGAGAGAAGGCGAGAACGAGAGAGAGAACAGGAGAGAGAGGAAGAGAGAAGAAGAGAACGAGCGAGAGAACAAGAGAGAGAGGAAGAGAGAAGAAGAGAACGAACGAGAGAACAGGAGAAAGAGGAAGAGAGAAGAAGAGAACGAGAGAGAGAAGAAGAGAGGAAAAGAGGACGAGAGCGAGAACAAGAGAGGGAGGAAGAGCGGGAGGCACUCGCGGAGGGUCUGCGAGAGCGGGAGGCGAGGUUGCAUGCGGCUUUGGUGAAGAUCGAAGAACUGGAAACUGAACAAACCAGUCGAGAGAUCUGGACAGCUGAAGAGAUGGAACGCCUCGCUGCAAAGGUCAGGGAACAAGAAGAACAGAUCGGCGAUCUAAGAGAGGCGAUUCGUCGCCACGGAGAGACCGAGCAGCAGAGACGAGACGCAUGGGAGAUGGAGCGCGAGCGCGAGAGGGAAGAAACUGAGCUGCGAAUCCGGGGGCGAGAGGAAGAGAUCCUCGUCCUCCAAGAAGAGAUGCGUCGCAGAGAAGAGGUCGCACGCGAGAGCGAGAACGAGAGAGCAGCUCUUGCAGUGAAGGUGAAGGAACAAGAGGCAAGCCUCGUCGCGCUCAGAGAGACACUGCAGCAGAGGGAGAGGAGACAGGAGGAAUAUGCUGUAACAUGGGAGAGAGGAGACCGAGGCCGGGAUCGGAGCGACGAGAUCGUGACAGAGGAGACACUCCGAAAGCAAGAGGAGGAAAUCGCUGCAUUGAGGGCGACCGCGAAAAGUUGGGAGACAGAGGUCGCUAUCAUCGUUGAACAUCUGGAGGCGAAGCACGAGACACUGCAUACGCAGUACACUGCGAUUUCUCGUCUCAACCGCGAGCUCACCUGCCGGAUCGAAGAACUGUUGGCGGCGCUUGCGCUUCGACAAAGACAGCAAGAGAAGAAAACUGAGGAAGAAAGGAUGGCAAAGGAAGAAGAGGGAGAAGAGAGGGGAGAGCGAAAGGACUGUCUCGACGGCACCCUCGAGGAGCGCGAGAAGGAAGAAGAGAGCGAGGCUGGAGAGGGACAGAGCGAGAAGCAGCGCAUGUUCGCUGUUGCAAACAUUCGUGCGAGUGGAAACCAGACGAAGAAGCAGGAAGAAGACGUCGACCAGGAGGCGUUAGGAGAGAAGGAGACCGAGGAGGAACAGGAGUGGGGAAGAUCAAUUGGAGCGCCGGGCGACGACUGUUCUGGGGGCCUCUUCUUGACGAUGCCUCUGUCCGCGUCUCCGUCGUCGGCCCCAAGCGUCCGCUCGGAUGCGGGAGCGGCGAUCCCGCCAGUCUCCCCACAGAAGGUGUCUCCGUUUUUGAACGUGCAUCGCCAGAGGGCGCGCGAGCUGCUGGAUGCGUCGAGUGUGACGAGCUCAUGGGAGUCUGUGAAGUCGGAGGGAGGGCCUGCUUCUUCGUUUUUUGAUGGCGGGAGGAGCUUUCCUUGGUCUGGCGAGGCGGUGCCGCUGUCACUGUCUCUGUCUCUCUCUCGGGUGUCUGAGCAGCAGACGCCACCUGACCUUUUUGCGCAGCUUGAGCGGGAGAUCUGCAGGUUCAGGAAGGUCGGGAGUCUCUCGCGUUCUUCGCUGAGAAUGUCUCCGCAGCCUCGCGGGCUUCCUGGCCUCUCGGCGCUUUCCAGAGACGGCGACCGAUUCAGUGUGAGGCAGGCGCGAGACGGCGAUGAGGAGAGACACGACGACGAGGACCUGGGCUCCUCCAGAGCAAUCCUCGUCUGGGCGCUGGGAGAGCUACGAGCUCUCCUGGCGAAGCGAGAGCAAGAAGAGGCGGACGCGAACAGAGGAGGAGAGGACGGAGACCUCGAGGGAGGAGCGAGGAAAGAAGAGGACGCGCGAGAGCCGAGAAGAGAGCGAGAGAGGAAGACGAGAGACACUGGGGAUGAGAGCGACGGGGAGUGCCUGAAGCUUCUGCAAGCUGAGCUCGGACGGCUGAAAAUUCUGUUGGACGAAGCAGAGAGCGUGAAGGAAAACAGCGAACGAGAACUGCGUCUGCUCCUCUCCAGGCAGCGCGGCGCCGCGGCGACCUUCUCCGUGGUGUCUGUAGACGCAGCAGCUCUGCCGCCACCUGUCGCUACCAGUGACGCUGGAUGUCAGACGAAGAAAAACUUGAAAAAUGCUUUCCUCGCCCAGCCCCUCCGCCAGGCUGCACAGGCGCCCCUCCACGAUCAAGUCACAAGAAGAGAUCAAGGCUCCCAAACCGAGGAGAGUGCAGCAAGGCGAGAGGAAACAGAGGACGGGGAAGAAGCAAGAGAGGACAGAAAGGUUGCAAGGGGAGACCAAGGAGAAAAAGGAGAUGUGACUGUGGAGGGACAAGGUACGGAGGGAGUCGAGGGUACCUCUGUGAGUGGAGUGGGUGUUCAGACGGAAAACGCUUGGCUUGCUGAGUUUUCUCUGGACUUUGUGUCGCCUUCGUCUCCUGCUCUCCCGCUUCCUCCCUCCGCGCAGUCGCGUUUUUUGUGGGAGGCUCGCGCUGGCGAGUUGCAUGCGCUGGACGCGCGCAAAGAGACCGCGAGCGAGAGCGGCCACAGAGCACAGACAGACGCAGCGAUCCAGACCGACAGGGAGCAAGGAGUGGAGACAGCAGUGCAGACGGAGACCGCGGAGGCACGCUGCUGUCUCCACCCGUGUGGGGUGUGUGCGUCGCCGUCUCCGCGCGCCCCAGUCAGGCACGUGAUGCUUCAGUGCUGUCUCCAAGGGCGGGAGAGGGGACUGGUCGCCAGUGGCGGGGAGGCGAAGGCGAGGCCGCGAGACAGAGAGCGCGUCGGGAAGAGAGAGCUGGCGCUCGGCGAGAAGACAGAGAGAGAGCAAGGCAGAGGCAGACGAGCAGGCGACGAGGACCUCGCAGACAGCGACGACGCGACAACGGAGCCCGGAGACUCGGCUUCCGAAGACAGAGAAGAAGAGCACCACCACACAGAUGAAGGAGACAGCGGAGACAGUGUGGGGUGGGGAGGGGGCCGAAGCCGGUCGGCGCUCGAGUCGCGGGAGGCGUCGGCGGAAGCGCGGGGCUUUCUCGGGUGCAAGCUGGAAGACAGGAGGAGACACGGAGACAGCAGUCUGCCUCGCCGGAGUGGACGGCGAGAGAGACAGGUGCAGGCUGCUGUCGAGGAGCGCGGCAGAAAAUCGGCAUCUUGCCUCCGUCUGAGGAACACCCAGGGAGGGAAAGGGCAUCGCGGCAAAGAGGGGAGAAGAUUUCUUCACUGGCGAGAGGAAGAGUUCGGGAGCCACCGCCCGGAGGCCGGAGAGAGGAGGAGAGAACGCGAAGGAACGAGGAGAGAGGAGACAGCGCGAAAGGCAGGAGGGCGCAGAGGGGGGAACCGAGGGCGACUGGUGACAAGCUCGGAGACCGACGGCUUCUCGUCGAGUGAGGAAACUCGUGAAGAGAAAGAGGCGAACAAAUGGAAGAGACGAGGCACUUCGUCGGGGCCGAGUCAUCGACGGUCCAGAAGUCGGCGUCUCGAGUCUCUGCGUGGGCGACAAGAGACAGGGAGAGGAGACAGGAGAGACAGGAGACGCGGGGCGCUGUCUUGGUCAGAGAGCUCGGUCUCCGACGACGUUUCGACUCUCCAUUUAUCCACGGACCGAAAUAAUCUUUCAAGGAAACGCGAAAAACUCCCUGUCGUUUUUUCGGCCUCUCGCUCCCAGUCAAGGAAUCGCUCUUCUCACCGAGACAGAACAGUCAAACACUCCGCUCUUUCCUCUUCUCAUUCUUCUCGUUCUUCGUCUUGCUCUUCUUCUUCUCGUUCUUCGUCUUGCUCUUCUUCUUCUCGUUCUUCGUCUUGCUCUUCUUCUUUCGCUUUUUCACCUCGUCGAGUACGCACAGGCGAGAACGUGGAGGUUCUCGUGGAUUUGCUGAAGGAGGUGGAUGGGCUGAGGGGGUCCCGUGCGUCUCCUUCUACUUCCCUGCGCCUCUGUCGCUCCGCCUCCAGAACGGUCCGCAGGAAGGAGACAGACACUGUGAGACGAAGAGACAAGGAGAAAACGAGAGCGAGCAGGCGAGUGAGGGAAGCGAGCCAUGAACGAAACCACGAGAGAACAGCCUCCCGGCGUCGCUCGUCCUCGGGCGCCAGGGGGAGAAGCACAGACGGCGAGGGAACGGCAGCUGGAGAGACAGAGAUGCACAAGUGGUGGAAGAAGGUCCGCGACGAAGACGAGCUCCUCGCUCUGCUCGUACGCAGACAGGAGAGCCGCUUGGACGCAUAUCGGGAGAAGCCGCGGGCAGGCGGCAGUGGCGAGAGGCGAGGAGGACGCAGAGAAGCUCAGGGAUUGCAAAGCGAUGAAGAAAACCGCAAGGCGAGUGUGCGAUUGGCGUUCGAGCGAAGGAACGCAUCCAGGAACGUGAAGAGACCGGUGGACGCCGGAGAGCCCGACGCGCCGGCGAUGUCUCGGGUGUACGGACUCCCCGAGUUGAGGCGCGGCGACAUGGCUUCCCGUUCUCCGACGUCAGGGGAGAGGAAGGGAGAGGUGCAGCAUGCGCUUGGCGCGGUCUCGCCACAGGUUCGUUUCCGCGCAGAAGUUUUCGAGACCUCCUCUCUCGCAGUCGCGGCAGGUGACGCCUCUCGCCGUUGCCUCAUUUGCUCUUCCUGCGGAGGCGGUGCCCUUGUCUUGGGAAGACGCGCAUCGGAAGUCACCUUUUCUCAGCUCCUCGCAACGGCACACGCACCGUCUUCUUCUGUCUGCUCUUCCCUUUCUUCGCCCUCCGUCUGCAUUGUGGGAGGAGAAGGCGUAGUGGAUGAGGCGACGGUUCCUGCCUUGUCGGAGAAGACACAGGAAGCGCGGCGGCGAAGUCGAAGCGAAAGCGCAAGGUUUUGUGCGCGUUCGCUCGGCGUACGGGGAGAGACAGAGACGUUUGCGGAGUCUUCUGCUCUCGUUCUUUCGGCUCUUCCGAACAAGUUGUCCGGGGAAGAGGAGGCGGGUGAGCCGGAGUUUACGAAACUCGUUUUCUUCUCUUCAUCGAGGUGCUCAACAGCGGCGUCCUCUCCCUUGAUUCAAGGCCCUUCCAGCAGUCAAUCUGCGCGAGAAAGUACACACAAACGACCUCCUUCUCCUCCUGGCUCGUCGUCUUCUUCCUCUUCCUCGUCUUCCAGUUCUCCUUCCUGUUGGGGUAGCCGAGGCGAACUGAGAAGAGUGGAUGGCAGAGGGGCGAGGAAGCGAAAUGACGCGAAAGAAGAGAGCGACAGCGAGGGAGAGAAGGCAGAGAAGGCAGAGAAGGGAGAGGAGGGAGAGAGAGGCGAUGAUGACAGACAUGGAGAGAAGGCGGCGAUGGAACUGGAAGCUCUGAGGCACCAGCUGCAGUGCCGGGAGGUUGCGCUGCUUCUCGUUGAGGAAGAGAAGAAAGAAGAGAUAGAGAGAGAGGAGGCGAAGAGAGUGGCGCUGGAGGAGAAGAUACAGAAGCAAGAAACGGAACUUGCACUUGCGAGAAAAGAAGUCCAUGAAAAGGAAGAAAGAACGCGAACUCUGCAGCUACGCUUGCAGGAGACACAGGCCCUCCUGGACCGCCUGGCGAAAGUCCGGAAAAACCAAGCGGAGAAAAAAGGUCGAGCGAGGGAAGAGAGAGACGAAGAAGAGGGAGAAAGAGAAGGAGAGAAGAAGAACUGUCGGCGAGUGCAAAACGAGACAGAAGAGAGAGAGAGGCGGAGAGGAUCGCAGACGACACAAACGGAGACACGACUGUUGCUGUGUGCAACAUGCGCGCGCGAGGUUGACGGGAACCCACAGGGAAGGGAGACAGGAGAGCGCGAGGAAGAAGGACGAGCGACAGAAGAGAGGAUUCGAGAACUCGAGGAAGAGCUGCUGGUGCAGAAAGCUCUUUUGGAAGAAAGUGAAGAGCGGCGGGGCGUUCUGGAGGACCAGCUGGUCGCAGUUUCGAACGAGCGUCAGGAGUGUCAUGACCGGUGGAUCGACUUGCAGCGCGAUCACGACGCUCUGCAGCAUGCGGCGGAGCAGCGCUGUUUGCUGCUGUCUGAGAAGCUGGCGCGAGCAGAGCGAGUGUGCGUUUCGACUUCUGACGAGGCCUCGGAGGCCUUGCGAAACGCAGAAACACAACUGACUCUCGCGCUGGACGCGCGCGCGAGCCUCGAAGCCGCGCAGGCCGCGGCCCUCGCCUCUGCGAAGAGCGAAAAAGAGGAGCUCGCGAAACAGGUACACUCACUGAGAGCGCGACUUCGCCGGGUCGAGGAGGAGAAGCGGGAAGAAGCGAAAGAGAAGGCGGAGACUCGCGAGGAAGCAGACUCCCUGAAGAAGAGCCUGGAGCGCGAGCGGCGGGAGAAAGAGACGUGGAGGCGACGCGGCGAGGCCGAGGAGGAGCGACGUCGAGCGGUGGAAAAACUCCACGCGCGGCAAAUCUCCAAGAUCGAAGAGCUGCACAAACGACGCCACAUGCAGACGCUCGAGUUGCAGACAGAACGCCGGCGACUUGUUGAGGCGCAGGCGAGGAGAGACGCAGCGAGAGACGCGGAGUUCGCUCGUCGCGAAGCUCAGCUGGAGGCCCGGCUCGAGGCACUCCGUGAAGCAGUGAAGGAGAGGGAACGUGAGAUGGAGAAACUCGUGGAGGAGAACCAGCGGGAGCGGCAAAAGGCUGACGCAGAGACGCAAGGCGAGCGCGAACGCGUCGAAGCACUGGAGGCGAGGCUGCGGGAGCUGAAGCGCGAGAGAGAGGUAUCGCAAGACCUGGAGAGCGACCUGCGCGCAGCCCUGCAGGCGCAGCGAGAAGAAAACGAACUGAUCGCGCUCGAAGCCGUCCGCGUCCGCGCCGUCGCGAACAAGAGAGAACGAGAAAAGCUGGAGACGGACACUAGGAGAGUCAAGAUAUGUCUCGCGCUCCAAGAAAAACAGCAAACGCUUCUUGUGCAGGUCGCCCACGCGCUCCUGUGCAUGCAUGGAGUGGGCGAGACGGAGACCGGCGAGAAAGAAGAAAGCGACAGAGGUCAGGCGCGAGAAGGCGAAGAGCGCAGCGAGGAGAGAAAACGAGGAACGUCUGAGCAAGGACAGCGCGAAAAGAGCCUCUCGGAAGAUGGACGAACAAGAGGGGUCUCGUCGCAGGAGGGAGUGUUCGGGGGGGUGCUUCGGCAAGUCUUCAGAGCGAUCGAGGAGGCGGAACAAGACUUGCUCAGACUCCGCCUCGAGUUGAGGUCACUGAAGAAAGCAGAAGGAGCCCGCGAAGGAAGAAGAGAAGACAAUCACAACACAGAGCAACUCUCUCGAGGCAGAGAACGUCGCUGGAGCCAUCGGUCGCGCUCGGCGUUGCCUGCUCUCAGCCUCUCUUCCUCAGUGUCUCCCGGCCGACCUCCACGGGCGUCCAGUGUCCAUGAACCUUCCUCUUCUUUUUCGUCUUCGUUUUCGUCUUCGUUCGCGUCUUCGUUUUUGUCUUCUGGGUCUUCUUUUGGUGUCUCCGUUGCGGAGGCGAAGAAGGCUCGACUGCCCAGAGACGCAGCGAGGAGGGGCGAGGGCGUCUGUCGCCUCGCGACUUCGGGGGAGGAAGACCUUGAGUCGAGGAGAGAAGAGAGCCGAGAGGCGAGGAGAGGAGAGAGCGACUGUGGAGGAACGCAGCGUUUCAGCGGGCGAGAAGGAGCGUGCAGGAGGUGCAGAGAACUUUCGAGGGAAGUGUCUGUACUGCAGAGAUCGGUGAGAAGAGCGAGGAGCCAGAGGCAGAACAACUGGACUUCACCAGCAAAAGAGCAAGAAGACUUCGCGCGACAGCUGGAGGCUCAAGAUGAGAAACUCCGAUGCUUCUUGACUCAAAUCGACGAACAAAGACACCUCCUGAGACAGCACGAACUCCACGGCCAGCAACAGGCGCGACUGCUGGCGGAGCAGCGCGAGGAGCUGCGGCGGUCGCAGCGCGACUCGGCUCGCAUGCGCGAGGAGCGAGAGACGAGUGUCUGGGUGCGAGAGAAACUGGCGAGACACAGUGAAAAACUCCUCGUUUUCGUCUUGGAGGCGCUGAAACACUACGCGGACUUCUUCGACUCAGUGGCUCCCGAAAAAGUGGAAAGAAAGAACAGACAGAAAGGACGCGACGGGGAGGAGAAGACGACGAGUCUGGACGCCGCAGGAAAAACGCGGUCCCGGUCGGGAAAUGCCGAGAAACGUCCGAGGCGCCAAGCCGUCACCUCAGGUGUACGUACACCCGAGGGCGGCGCGGGAGCACGAGGACAGUCGCGCGAAGACGAAGGAGGGGGGGCGGAGGAGAGGGCAGGUGGGCGUUUUUCUCCGCUGCCCUCACCCCAAGCUUUGGAAGCGAAGUUGCUGGUGUAUCUGAUCUCUUCUCAGGGGGAGAGCGAGGAGGACGUACGAGACUCCAUGAGUUGCUCUCCGGCUGGGCUUAGCGCGGAGAAGUGCAACUCGCGAGACGCGAAGAGCGAGAAGGCAUUCAGAAAACGAGGCGCGCGACGGAGCUGCUCGGAAGCUGCGUCGGCGCGCGUGUCUGUCCAGUCUGGCGCGUCGCCUUCUCUCCGGCGCUCUUCCUCGCAGCAGUCUUCUGCCGCGUUCUCGCGGUCUGUCUCGGCUUUCUCAGAGUCCACAGGCUCGGCGGCCUCGAGCCGACAUGCAGCGCGCUGGAGAGAAGAGACCACCGUUUCUGCAGCAGCGGCACAGACGCAGAUGACCGACCGGCAGAGCGAGAAGGGAGGAGCGAACUCCAGAGGCAGCUUCCUGCACGGAGGCGACUCAGUUGAAACAGAGGGCGGGUGUGGGGAGUCGUCGUUCGUUCCCAGCGAGCUGAGAGCUCUCAGGGAAAUCAUCGAGAGGAUCCACGCGCUCGUCCUGCAAGUGGCUGCCUCGACGUGCCUCUGGAUGCGCCGCAAGUGGAAACUCCGAGCAAUUUUGCAUGCAAUGAAAAAACAGGCGUUGGCGACCCGCGAGGAACGAAGGAAACUCGAAGGAAGACACAGUGGCAGAAGCCCAAACAGGGAAGAAAUGAGAGAAGAAGAGGUAGAAGAAGGAGACGGAGUUCGUCGCGAGGGCUCUGGAGAGGAGACGAGGGAGGGAGUCGGUGAGGAGCCGAGCGGUGGUGGAGACUGGCUCUCGCAUUCUGAUGUUUUUGAAGGGGAGGAAUGCACGUCGCGGAGAGAGACGGUCAAGUCAACAGAAGAGCAUUGGGAAGACGAUUCCAACUCUCAGGAUUCCUCCAAAAAGGCCGUCGCGACACUCGCUUCACGGCCUUGUUUGCCGGCUUGUUCGAGUUCGAUGAGAGACGCAAACUCUGUCGAAAGAAACUUGUGGACGCGGUCCGUUUCUUCUCUUUCCGCGGUCGGCCCUGCCUUCGGUCCCUCGUCUCCGCGCAGCCUCUCUAAGGCCGCCACCCUGGUGCCGUACACCAGUCGGCCGCUCGUGUCGAUUCCUCCGGCUUCUUCCUUUUCUUCGUUUCUGCAUCUUCCGGUGCAGCCGGUUGAAGAGGAGAAGGAAGAGGAAGGAACGCCGUACUUCCCGGUGCUUCUGGGCUUCGAGGGAGGCACCAGUGGCAGCAGCGGCUCUUCGCAUAAUGGAGAAGAUCGCCCUGGUCUCCUUUCCUCUCUUUCUUCUCGUUCCUCCUUGUCUGUCUCCUCUGCGUUCUCGCAGUCUGUCGCCGCGUCUCCUCCCUUUGCCUUGCCACCUAGUCGACCUCGCCUCGACGUCGCGGAGACGAAGCAGAAGGAAAGGGAGACAGAGACACUCCGCAAGACGCUUGGCCAAAAAAAGAGCUCACUCUUGAGACUGGAUGCGCAGUCCGACGAAGGAGACGUAGAAGGCGAAUCCCAGGGCUGCCUCGAAGAAGAAUCCUCGGCAGAAGAGAGAAAGCCGCGCAGAGAGACACAGGAUAUCUCCUGUCAGGUCCGGACAACAGCAGGCGGAACGGCGCGAGGCAGAAAGGAGAGAGAGAGAAGAGAGGAGAGAAAGGGAGGCAGAGAAGAAGAGAGAGGGGACGCGCCAGGGAGACGGCUGGCUUUGGGAGAUCUUUUCAGCAGCAGCGGAGGCUAGGGGAGGAGGGGCAGAGAAAUGAGAGGAGAGAAGAACUACAGAAGAGAGGAGACGGUAGAUAGACAAGCGAGACGAGUUUGCAGAGAGAGGAACACCGAAAACGAAGAUGAAGCGACAGAAGGAGGUUUUCUUCCGGUGAGAAUCCGGAGGUGAGAAGACCGUGCUGAAGGGACGGAGAGCGGAGUGGAGAGAGAAACCGGGAGAGGAACAGGGUAGAGGACAACGAGAACUGAAAGGGAGGGAAGAACAUGCGUUCAUGUACUUUCGAAAGGGGCGUUUUCGCCACUGUUUGCUUUUGCGUGAAUUGGUUUUCGUGACACACUUCCGCAGGGACUGUGGGUUGUCACCCGCCAAUGUCUUGUCAAGGAACUCUCCUUUUUCUCACUCUUUCGAAAGACACUCGCGAAAAAAGAGAAACGGCGGACACAGAGAACGGGCAGCUGCAAGAAAAGAAGUUCUUCACAGAACACUGGGGAAACCGAGCGUCUCGCCUCUCUCUGCUCCUCUCGGACACGAGCUGUACAGACACAAAACGAGCCUUGCACUAAAGAGG